GCCCCAGCAAAAGCAGAUAUUUGCUUAUCAAAAAAAAUCUCAGUUCAUUAGCGUUCCAGUUCGUUGCCUCUAAGAGAGAGAAGACCUACAUUGGAGACCUGGGCCAAGUUAAGAAUGUUUACCAUGACGUCACGUUUGUAUGUUAAAAAAGAUCCGCAAGCAGAAGUUCAUAUCACAACAUGGCGGACGAAAAUCUCAAGGGGGAUUCCACAGAAAAUUCGACGGGAUCUGAGAAUCCUGACAAUCAAGAGUACUACGAACGCGUUAGAAAACUCUUAAGGCCUGUGGAAAAUAGAUGGGAGUAUAUUCAGAGUGUUCUUUUGUGGCAAAAACCAUCGCACUCGUUGAGCUAUUUCAUUGCGAUGACAAUUCUUGUCGGGUAAGUUGUUGGGUGAGAAAAGAAUUAUUUGUUAUUGUGAUGUGCUGAUCGAGUGGCAUGUCGUUUCACAGGAUCAUGGCAAGUGGGAAAUUCCGUCUGGUACUGCUGCUUAUAAUAUUAAUGGCGUCAUCACUUUUGAUGGAAGAUAUCAGAUGUAAGGUGUGGCAAUGUGUACAAGGUACGUCAUAACACUUCGUUACAGGUAGUCCUGACAAUUUGAAUCUCUCUGCAAUUUGGAUGGUCUUCAUUUGCAUAAAACUUGGAUCCUUUCAAUAAUUAUUUUUUAUGAUUUUCUCCAUGACACAGGUAGAUUUGAUGCUCUUACUGAUGAAGACAGGUAAGUGUUAUUUAAAGAACAACAAGGAAGCUUCAAAUUUUGCGUUUUCGUUCUAUAAAUCUCGAGUUUUAAGUUUGUUUUAUAAUGUUUUGAUAUCCCGAAGGACUGUUUAGAACUUCCAAAUGGCUUACCCCAAAUUGGAUCUAUUAUCUAUUUAUGUUCCACCUGUAAUGAGAUAAACAAAUGUCCUAUGAACUGAUGAACAUCGACUAACUUUGUCCCUUAGUCGUCAAAUCACGCUAUCUUUCCCUCGUCUUUGUGAAAGACUCGCUGCGAUUUGGAGUUGCUUCGCUGCUUGGCGUGAAAAAUUGAACAAAUUAAAGGCUGAAAGCACAUACAAGGUAUGUCAUCGAUUUUCCCAAUUUUGUAUCGAUAUUUUCUGUUAUUUUUUCUCCCUAAUUUAAGAUCAGUAUUAAUUUCUUUUUCAUUUUGAAUUGACAUUGUUAUUAAUAUUAUGGUAAUGACUAUCUUGUUUUUCAGUACUAUGCCGUUCUUUUUGGACUUUUAUUGGUAGUGGUGUUUGCUUACCAGUACUUGCCCCUGCUGCCAAUAUUUUAUAUGCAAGGUGAAGUUUUUUAAUUUUUAUCUUGGUAAGGUUUUGUAGAUGAGAAAGAUUGUCAUAUUAAUUUAUGAUAGAUGAGGAAUGAAGGUAAUGGACAAAUAUAAAACCUUAAAAACUGGUAAUUUAUGAUCAUAAUAAAUUGUUGCUUUGGUGAUCAUUACUUUUAUUGACAACACAGAGGAUAAACUAACUUUGUUACUUUAAUUCCAUCUCAGGGGGUACUACUGGCUUGUUCUCAAAUAUUCUUAAGUCACAUUUUAAAACAAUCUUUUGGUUGUUCAAUGUAUGAAGCAUAUAUGACAUCUUGGGGAAAGGUUUCUCAAUGACCCUAUACUAUUCUGAAACAAAGCCAAAGUCCUGAAGGCAAUCCAUCCAAAAAACUGUAUGCAUAAUAAGGUAUGGGGUUGUGUGGAAAUCUUUCCAUACCUGUUGUAAUUACGGAUUCAAAAUGAUAUCAAUGUGGCUGAUAUGAAGUUCCUUGGGAAGUGGAGAUUUGUGUGUUGUGGGGACUGUUUUCUACCAGUUUAAAUGAUAUUUAAAAAAAAAACUAAGAACAUUUUUCUCUCUUCUUUUUUACAUUUUAGCUUGUGCACUGUACUUUUGGCCCAUCAUUAAGUACAAUGGAAUACACAUAGUAAUCAAAAAGGCAGUGGAGCCAUUUUACCGACCAUUUGUAGUCCAAUGGCAAAAUACCAGGACAAAGCGAACAAGGGAUGCUGUAACAACAGGUCUGACUAAUGAAUAAUGAAAAUUCACAUUCUUAAUGCACCAACUUGUUCAUCAUUUUGGGGUAUUGUGGUAUAUCAAAAACCACAGAACCUUCUUUCAUCUCCAUGAAAACUGAAAACUUGGAAUUGACUAACUCAAAAGUAGAUAACCACCAAGAAUAAUGUUUGGAAACCAAUUGAUGCUGAUUGAAAGUUGUCCAAGUUGUUUGGAAAAUUCACGUUUUCAAAAGAGGGAUUCACCUAAGGCUGCAACAUAUACUAAACCAAAAAACCAUACAAUUUGAAUGGACAAACCAAAAAAAUAAGAUCAAAGAUGCUCAAAACCAAAAAAGCCAGUGCAUACUCUGUUUUCAUUGUCAUAAUGGUGCAUUUUUUAGUUUUUUUUAUCAUUUCACUCCCAAGAUCUCAUUAAUAAUUCUCCUCACUAUCUGUUAUACCAUUCUUUAAAAGUUAGUUCAGAGAAUUUGUUACUGGAUCAGUGAAUAAUCCCCUAAUUAAUAUUUUUCUUUGUUCUCAUAACAUGUCUGCUUGAUAUAAAUUGUAAGGAGAUAUUCUGUCUUGGUCACUCCUGGGAGUUAAAGGUUUAAAACUGAUUUAGUUAGUGUAAUAAUUCUUCCAAGGAACUAAAGGAGAAAUGCCAGCUGACAGUGACGAUGAGUUUGCGAAGGAUUUCAGUCCUGUUGCUGAUGAUACAGUGGUCAAUGAAGAUAAAUUUGUCCCUUCACAAGAUGAAGAUUUCAGGGAAUCAGAACCUUCUUCCUCAGUACCACCUGUGGAGGUUAAACUCCUGGAAGGAUUUAUUUCAUCAGUUGUAACUCAAGGCCUGAGUUCUAUUACAAGCAGAAAAGACAGCCUGGAAACACAAGGUAGUGUACACAGAUUGGAUCCAAGAUAGCUCUUAAAAUUUAAUCAAGUCUUCCAGGGGUUAUUAUUUGGAUAUGGCAAAGAGCUUUUGGUGAUGAGAAAUGGGGUAGAUUUAAAUUUAGUUAACUUCAAAAAAUUGGCUGUUUGAGAGUCCUGCCAAUCAAUGUGGUACACAUGUAGGUAGGUGUUCCUUUUAAAAUGCAUUUAUUUGUUAGGUAUACAUGUCUCGGUAAAUCCAGCAAAAUAAUAAAAUUCUGGUAAAUUUGUAGCAUAUAUACUUCAAAAUUUAUAUUUUAUAUGGUCACUUCCAUUAAUUAAAAAUGCUAUCAUUCUUCUAUACUUUUUUUGGAAUGAUUUUUCUUUUAUGCUUUUUUCCCAAGAAAUUUCUGCACAAGAUUCUCCAGAAUCUGAAAUUGGAAGCCAAAGCUUAAACAGCUCUACUGUGUUUGUUGAUAAUCUACAAUUUUCAUCAAUAAGUCAGUUUGGGGAUACUUUAGAGUUGGAGGAAGGUGAGUUAAUGAGGGGACUAGAAUUUCCAGACAUUGAAAGAGACUCAGAAUCCGACACUGAGGCUGUUCAACCAGCUGGGAAAUCACAUGUGGACAGUGAGCCAACACAUUCAAAACAAAUGGAUGAGGCAAAGGAAUCUAAAGAACAAGUUAACCAACAGAUAUCAGAAACACUUGAGAGCACCAUGAAAGAGAGUAUAUCUUCAGAUGUGUCGGAUUAUGAGAUGUUAGACCCAUCAGAAGCUGAAGGCAUGAUUCCAACUGAUCAAACAGACAGUGGCAAUUCCAGUCGACUGGGAUCUGCGACUGACUAUGUUGGAAAGUGGUUGGGGUAUUGAUAUGAUGUGUCAUUUCAAAAUAUUCUGUACUUGAAAGAUUUCUUGAGGCUGUGUAAUUUUUAAAUUCUGUCAAGUUAGUAUGCAUUUUAUGCUUCCUAUGGAGUCUACAGCUGUUUGAUCUUUUUGUCAGUUGUGAAACAGAUUAAACAAAGUUGAGAGCAUGGGCAACUUCCUUUGUGCAUGAAAAUCUCAAUGGCAAUAUGACUCAUCUUACCAGAUUAUACUUUCAGAAUUUGGGCUCGGCUGUCUCCAUUGCUUGUGGGGUGCUGUAGCUGGAAAUAGCCAAUUUUUGCCAUGUGGCAUUCAUGUGUAUAAGUUGUAUGAUGCGUUUUCUUUUCUUGUAAGAUUUUUCUAGAAAACUUUUUUCUACACCUGAGAGCUCAGAAAAGCACAAUCUCUCAUGGGAAUGUAAUGGUUAAAAAGCUAUAAUACCUUGUCUUUGCAGUUUUUAUUAGGAAAUGAAGAUACCUGUAGAAAUGCUAUGCAAAGUUUUAGCCCUUGUCGUAGGUUUUAGAAAAAUCUUAAUUUGAAGUUUUUGGAGUUUGGAGUGUACUACAUAUUUUUUUCCAUUUGAGAAUUAAGCUUACCAAAAUUUAGGUGUGACAGGCUUGUGAAUCAGCCCAUGUUUGAGAGAAGUGCCUUUGCAGUCCACCAGAGACUGGAGUGAAGAGGAACUUGAGAGUUGAUGAAGUUAAGCCUACUGAAAUGACAAAAUAAUAGCAUUUUCGACAUGAAAUUUGAUAGACAGUCAGUUAAGCUUUAUUCAAUUAUUAGUGAUUGCAAAUGCUUCUUAGUAUUAAUUUUUAUUGGGGUAAUCAAUGGCAAGUUUGGAAAUUUGAGUGAUCCAAUAGCCUUUGGUGCCACUUUGUUUGGUUUAGAACAGAAAUUGCUUAGGCUGUAUUUGUUGUGAAGGUCUUUUCUUUAAAGAAAGCGAGACUUAAAAGGAUGGCUUUCUAGAAACCAUAGCUCUAACAGGUAUUAUUUAUUCAAUAUUCCAGCCAUCGCGCAUAGUAACACUUGGUCUGGAACCAAUUGGGUGUUGUUCAAUUUUAGGGGAUAAAAGGAAGUUUCCUUGUUUUGCUUGUAAAUUAAAUUAAUUUUAUCACUUGUGUAAUCAUAACGCCUAAGGAAUGAGGUUUUCAUUAAUAUAAUGUUCUAUAAAUAUGCGUGUGAGAUAAUAAAUGGCAGUAUCAGCUUAUAAGAUAGUGACACAAUAAAAGCUGGUCUUUGAAGUUAAGUUUUCAGUUUCAUGAAAAUUGAAAUGUCAGUUUUUGACAGGAAGCCUUUGCUUUUAAUAAAAAAUAGAAUGUAAGUAGGCUAUCGUAGGAGUGGCAGAGCAUGCGUGUCUCUGCUCACUGGAAGAUUUUUGACAAGGUGGGGAGAGGUUUGCUUUAGGUGUGGCACUAAUAAUGAGUCACUUGAGGCCCCUUGCAGACCUAUGGGUAUUGACUAAGAGCAAGAUCUCAGCACUGGUUAGUAUCCAGCCAACUUGACUGAACAAGCCUAGUUAAUACAGGAGUUUUGUUUUAAAAUACAUGACAAGAUUGAAAUGAUGGUGCCAAUUGCGAAUGAAUCCUUUUUCUCAGUGUUUUGCAACUUCUGACUAUUGUAAAUAGCAUACAUUGUUCUUUUUUUUGAAACCCAUCAUAAUUUUAAAUUAUGCUUGUAGAUUCCAGAGAUGUCUACAUCCUUGAAGAGACAGAGAGCAAAUAAUCAGGCAAGGGGAAGGGAAAACAAACUCUACCUUCCAGCUGAAGCUGCUGAGUUUCCUCCCUCUUACUUGCCUAUUUGCCCAUAGGUGUCUGAGGAUCGGGUGUCCCUGACAACUAGCAGAGUCAACCAUGUGUUUAUACCAACUGUUUAAACUUUGCAAGAAUUUAACCCAAAGCUGUGUUGUUUGAAAGGGGGUUAAUGUUAAUCUAGGAUUAAAAGUUAGCUUUAGUUUCUCAAGUAGAGAAGUGUGUAUCAAGAGCUCAGGUUUUGUUGAGGUUUAUCUCAAUAUGACUUGCAACUAAAAGGAGAAAAUAAAAAAGAAAACUCCUUUACAAAGCUAUUAGCAUGAAUUAAAAUUUACACUAAUCCCAGGUUUGGUUAAUCAUGUUUUGAACAACCUGGCCUAGGGAAAAUCUCACGUCAUAAAAUUAUUUCCAGAAGAAAAUGGUUGGUCCCCAGGGGAAAUCUUAACUUUACAACAUAAAUACAGAGCGACGAAAGCGUUACUGCUUUCUUCCUGUUUGCCAAACACAUGUGGGCAAAUAGUUCAUCCUUGCAGCAAAUCUAGUCCUAGUACAAGCCAUUACAACCAAAAUGGUUGCAGCUUGGGACACAAACAAUUGAAACUUUGCCACUCCUUAAACUCUGGC